AUGAAAGUCUUCACACCAGUGCUAGUCAUUUUCGCAAGCAAACUCUUUUCGAUCAUUUCUGCCAUUGACGACAGACUUAACGCUGUACUAGAGAGCCUUCUAAAAUCUGAUGAAGCGUUUGGUCUGCGUUUCCGAUUCUCUGACGACGACAGUAGAGAGCGACAUCGAUUCGCUGUCGAGGUAGAUGCGACCGACUGGUUGACAGUGCAACGUAUCGCUCGAAGUUCUGGAUUUGUUAUUGAGGAUAGGAUUCGUUGGGCCGAGUAUCUAAAGCCGUUGCAUCGUGAAAAACGAAUCACCUUCAUCGAUCCGCUCUACGCAUCACAACUUCAAUCGUGGUCAACGUUUCCGAAAAUGUCGAUAGCAGAAACUUGGGCUCAAGGUCUCAGCGGCAAAGGAGUAACAAUAGCCGUGUUGGAUGAUGGUAUUGAAUCGACUCACGACGAUCUUCGAGGCACAUUUGAUCCGACGGUCUCGUACGAUUUUAUUAGUAGAAGAGCUGAUGUAACACCAAACAUGAUCGAAACGCACGGCACCAGGUGUGCUGGAAUUAUCUCUAUGACUGCUAACAACUCAAGGUGCGGUGUCGGUAUCGCCUAUAAUUCACGAAUGGGAGGGCUAGUGGUUCUCAAAAAGGAUCAAUACCUGAACGAUGCGAUUGAGGGUGAUGCUCUAGCAUAUAAGAUUAACGAUAUCGAUAUCUAUUCUGUAAGCUGGGGACCAGCAGACGACGGCCGUACUGCCGAACUACCAGGACCGCUGGCGCAAAAAGCGUUAGAGAACGGUGUGAUGCAUAUCGUCAUCGGAGUGGCAACGUCAUCUGGUUUGUCACCGUGGUACGCAGAAGAAUGCAGUGCGAUCAUAGCAUCCAUCAGUGAGAGUUCGAGCGGAAUGGUAACUACCGAUGUUGACAACAAGUGCGCUUCAAUUAGUGGAUCAUCUGCGGCUGCGUCAUUUGCAGCCGCUAUACUGGCACUUGCCUUGGAAGCAAACCCAUCACUAACUCAAAGAGAUGUCCAACAUCUCAUUGUGCAUACUAGCGACAGUAGCCAACUUAUGGCCGUCUCUCCUGAACACUGGAUCAUCAACGGAGCAGGACGCUCGUUCUCAAGACGUUUUGGCUUUGGUGUUCUCAACCCUCUUCGACUCACCACUUCUGCCACACAGUGGAAAUCCGUACCAGUUCUUACCAGAUGUAGCAGAAAACUGCAUAUUGUCAAUGGGACCUUUACUGCUUCCGCUCCACUACUCGUCGAUUUACCAUUUAACGGCUGCAGCGGUACGUCUGGAGAGGUGAAUUGGAUAGAACGGCUGCAACUGGACGUUUCUUUGGCACAUCCACGACGAGGACUCAUUUCGCUUUUACUUAGCAGUCCAUUUGACUUCUUCGAUCAAUUGGGAACUUAUCAGGUGACGUUAAAGAAAUACGUGGUGUUGACUAACUAUCUUGAUAUCUAG